CAUAGAUAUCAUAUGGGAUUUUUGUGACUGCAUAUAGCCUGUUUUACAAUCCCCACGUGUAUAAUAAUAAUAAUAAUAAUAAUAAUAAUAAUAAUAAUAAUAAUAAUAAUAAUAAUAAUAAUAAUAAUAAUAAUAAUAAUAAUGAUGAUGUUAUAAUGAUAUCGUAAUUUUAACGUUCCUAUUUGACCAUAGCUAUAGAUAUAUCUAUCUAUCUGCAUUUAGGUCUUUCAGAAUUUGGGGUCCAAAAGUAAGAUUAAAAAAAGUAAUUUUGAGAACGAUAUCAACGCACAAUACCAAACUUUCAGGCUUCGCAAUUACACCAACGUGAUUCAGAGUCACAAUCAUCACGUCUACGGGUAAGGAUAAUCUCUCUCUUAUUACCAGUGUACCUAAUCUGUGCACACCUCGCAGUAAUUUCCGUCCAUUCGCACUGAUUGCUGUGAUUUACAUAGUUUGAAGGGCUCCGGAGCGUGUUCUCGCUGCCCAUGUGACCUCGGCGUUCAGUCAUAUUCGGCCAAUGGGGACCGCGCGUCCCCGCUCAGACCGUGUGGAGAACUUUACCGGGUGCAAAGUCUCAAGUUUCGCUUAACUCGUCCCAGAGAUCCACGAGCGUCUUUUAUUCCAUCACCAGCCUGCAGCGUCCGGCGUCUCUGUCCGCGAAGAAUGAAUGCUGUGAUGAUUAAUUUUUCUGGUCCGUCGCGCAACUGUCAAGUCGUGAGUUGCCAAUAGCAACAGCUCUUGCGCGUUUAUUUUCAACUUUAACGACAUUUAAAACGAAAUGUGAAUUAUUCCAAGCGCUAAAAGAAACCGGUUACACUUAGUUUUGUUUCGCCGUUGAAGACAAACAUGGGUUUGGGACAGAACCGGGCGCGUUUGCUGUGCAUGCUGUCCUUAACGCUCGUGUUUUUCGUCGUUGAAGUUGUGGUGAGCAGGAUAACUGCGUCCCUCGCGAUGCUGUCCGACUCUUUUCACAUGCUGUCGGACGUGAUCGCGCUGAUAGUGGCUUUAAUCGCGGUGGGCUUCGCGGAGACGGCUCGCGUUACAAGUAAAAACACGUACGGGUGGAUCCGAGCAGAAGUGAUGGGAGCGCUGGUUAACGCCGUGUUUCUGACGGCCCUCUGCUUCACCAUCGCGCUGGAGGCGGUCGAGCGCUACACGCUGCCGCACGAGAUCGAGAAUCCGCGCGUGGUCAUCUGGGUCGGCGUCGCCGGUCUCCUCGUGAACGUCCUCGGUCUUUUCCUGUUCCACGGGCACGCGGGGUUCGGCGGGCACGCACUCUCAUGGGGUCACUCUCAUGGGGGUCACUCUCACUCCGGACACCCUCACCUCCACAAGACAACCCGCAGGGAGUAUGAAAAACCAAAAGCACACGAAGAAGCCUACAAUCUCAUGAUAAACAGCAACAGCUCUCAAGGAGAUCGAGCCUCUGAUCUAAAACCAGGCAGCCUGAACAUCAAAAUCACCGCUAAGGGCUCGUUGGAGGACCUGGACCACAGCCCCGAGUCGGCCUCCCAGAUGAACAUGCGCGGGGUGUUCCUGCACGUGCUCGGUGACGCCUUAGGCUCCGUCAUUGUGGUGGUCAACGCCUUGAUCUUCACUUUCGUGUGGACACCGUGCCAGAGCGACGCAGUCUGUUUCAACCCCUCUGGCGGCCGCUCGAGCGAGCGCCAACAUGUCAACGCCACAGUCCUGAGCAUAUCCCAAACGCCCGACAGGACGCCCAGAACGGUGUCUGUGGCCGGGCCGUGCUGGGUGCUUUACCUGGACCCGACGCUGUGCCUGAUAAUGGUGUGCAUUCUGCUCUACACCACUUUUCCUCUCCUGAAGGAGUCGGCUCUGAUUCUCCUUCAAACAGUCCCCAAGCAGAUCGACGUGCGCAAGCUGAAUCGGAAGCUAAGGAGCUUGGACGGCGUUAAGGCCAUUCACGACCUGCAUAUCUGGCAGCUGGCCGGGUCCCGCAUUAUCGCAACCGCUCACAUCAAAUGCACGGAUCCAGCGUCUUACAUGGACAUUGCCAAGCGCGUUAAAGACGUCUUCCACGAAGAAGGCAUCCACGCUACAACCGUUCAGCCCGAAUUUUCUCCCAUUUCGGAAGGACCCGGUGACUCUCAGUGUGAGCUCUCCUGCCGAAGCCAGUGCAAACCCAAGCUAUGUUGCGAUCCGACUAAAAGGGCUAAGCCAGAGCCGGAGUUGACCGAGAAUAAAGAGAAGUCCUGCAGGCGCUCCGUAGGAUGGGCCGAUCGGGAAGAAGUGCAGGAUACUCUGCAUACGGAGAUGGAAUCAACGGUUUAGGUCGAGAAGGACGUUAUCUUGCAUGAGUUGCACAUUGCUCAUAGCUGAUUGUUGCCGGAAAAAUUAGGGCAGUUGUCUGGACUCUUUCAAAUCUGCUUAUUGCGGAAAUAUGUGUUUUAGAGAGCUGGGUUUGUUAAAGCCAACAACAUUCAGUUCAUCGCUUCAUGCUGUGUUCUGUAUAUAAUGCUGAUAUGUAUAAAAAACGAAAUCAACUUCAUUGAUAUUAUGUAUAUUGGUUCUCAUUGAUUACUGGAUAGAUGGGUAAUAAAAGUCGUGAACGAAGACCUUUUGCUGCGUAUUAAUAGCAGAUAUUUAUUUUUUCACAAAUAGUUUGUUAUACUUCAAGAAUAUGCUUAUUUCUGGUAUAUUAGCGUGUGCUUUAAAUCUGCUUGUUAUGGAAGUAUUUUUCUUAAAACCAACAACAUAUAAAAUGAUUUAUGAUUUAUAAAAAGUCCAACGUUGUAUGUUGUUACUUAUUGAUUUCUAUGGUCACUUUACAUAUUAAAAAUGACAUUGGUGCACAAAAUGAUAUUUUUCAUUAAUAGUUUACGUUGUAAUCCAAGGAUAUGCAAAUUCAUGUUUAGUUUGUUAUACGGGUUUGACAGCCGAUGCAACAGUGAGAAAAAUCUCUAUAGUUUAAAAAAAUGUGCAUUGUAAACAUUUUUGGCAAAUAAACAUUUUCUAUGGAUUAUGUUAAAUAUAUCAAGCAAACCACUGAAAUAUAUAGUGCUUUAUUUUAUUUUCAAACAAAUAUUUCUCUUUUGUUCUUCUUUGCAGUUUUCAUUUAAUUUCCCUUUUUAAAGCAAUAGUUCGCCCGAAAAUGAAAAUCUGCUGAAAAUGUAUUCACCCCCAGGUCAACCAAAGGUGUAGA